ACUUUAGAAAAAAAAAACAAAUUUGGAGGAUACUUAUUAGUUCUCCACAAAAAAAGCAAACACUGAGAUUGAAAGUUUGUAUUUGUUCUGUUUCUCUGAAAUUGAAAGCUUGUAUUUUUCUUGCAUUUUUAACUUUACUCAUACACAGUACUCUUUACUUUCAAAAUUCCUUUUUUUUUGGGGUUUUAAAAAAUCUUAUAUCGUCUUUCGAGGAUCAAGACACCGCUUCGUUAUAAAAGAUAAAGAUGGUGAUGGUAGGAGAAGAAGCAUCAUCCAUGGAACUGGACCAGUGUUUUCUUAAGAUGAAGAUGGAAGGAAUCUCCAUCAAAGAGUGGAAAGACAUCCCUGUGGAGCUUCUGAUGAGGAUCCUUUCCCUUGUUGAUGACCGUAAUGUCAUUGUUGCUUCUGGUGUUUGUUGUGGCUGGAGAGAUGCUAUCUCUCUUGGCCUCACUCGUCUCCGUCUCUCUUGGUGCAAUAACAACAUGAACAGCUUGGUUCUUUCUCUUGCUCCCAAGUUUACCAAGCUGCAGACUUUAAUACUGCGGCAGGACAAACCACAGCUAGAGGACAAUGCAGUGGAGGCCAUAGCAAAUCACUGCCGUGAGCUACAAGAGCUUGAUCUCAGCAAAAGUUUGAAACUAACUGAUCGUUCCCUCUAUGCACUUGCUCAUGGUUGCCCCGACCUCACAAAACUCAACCUUAGCGGAUGCACUUCAUUCAGCGACACUGCUAUUGCGUAUUUGACCAGGUUCUGCAGAAAGCUUAGAGUUUUGAAUCUCUGCGGAUGUGUCAAUGCUGUAUCUGACAAUGCCUUAGAGGCUAUUGGGAAUAACUGCAAUCAGAUGCAGUCACUAAAUUUGGGAUGGUGUGAGAAUAUCAGUGAUGAAGGGGUAAUGAGUUUAGCUUAUGGCUGCCCAGAUCUCAGGACGCUUGACCUCUGUGGCUGUGUUCUAAUUACAGAUGAGAGUGUGGUAGCUCUAGCAGACUGGUGUGUCCACUUGUGUUCACUGGGGUUAUACUACUGCAGAAACAUAACAGACAGGGCGAUGUACUCACUAGCUCAAAGCGGGGUAAAGAACAAACCGGGUUCAUGGAAAUCAGUUAAGAAAGGGAAAUACGAUGAAGAAGGGCUUAGAAGUCUCAAUAUUAGCCAAUGCACAGCCCUUACACCUUCAGCGGUUCAAGCAGUUUGCGACACCUUCCCUGCUCUUCACACAUGUUCAGGAAGGCAUUCGCUUGUGAUGAGCGGUUGUCUGAGCUUAACAUCUGUGCACUGUGCUUGUAUCCUUCAGGCUCAUCGCGGACACAACGCUGUACCUCAUCCGGCUCACUAAAACAGAGGAAUAGGAUAUGUUGUAUAUAGAAGCAUCAUGUUGAUGUGAUUAGUAGUAUAAACGAAGUAACUUUCUAAGGUGUGCAUCAGUGUAUGUGAAGCCUUAGAAGCCGUUGAGUUGUUGUUCUUUCAUAAUCUAUCAAUAUCUUUUGGCGCUAUGUUCAUAACUCCUAUCUAAGACCUCUUUGUUACUACUACCUAGUAAAAUUAGAGCUCAUUUUAA